GUAUUUGCAGUUUCUUAUUUAAUGAGUGAUUUGAAGAGCUGUAGGUUGCAGAGUCAUGUGUUUUUGUCUGAGUUUGGUCUGACAGCCUUUCUCUCCUUUAUUUCUGAGCUCAAAACAAAAGUAAUGCGGUGCUGGUUCAUUGCAGCUGCUCUUUUGUGGGCUGCCACAGCUGCAAAGGGAAAAGCAGUCCCUUCCCCUCCAAAUUUUGGUAACAGCUAUCAUGUCAAAGGAAUGAUCUCUCUGCCCUAUGCUGAGAUCAAGGAGCCAUUUGAGGCCUGGUUAGAUCUGGCAGCAAAGUCCAGCCGCAUAGACUACUACCAUGGCCAAGUGUCGACAUACCAGCUGGGGGCAGAGCAGCAGUGGGGCGUUGCUUAUAAAAUCACUCCUGAGACCACAGAGGUGGAGCAGAAUGUGAUGAAGUGCUUUCAGGUCAACGGAACAAAGAACGAAACAGUCACACCACAGGCAUCGCUGCCUGAUGUGCAGGGCUUCCAGUUCCUGAGGAUGGAGUACUAUGGAGGUUCCCUGUGUGAAGUUUGGCAGAAUGUGACCACUGUGGGUUACAAGAAGAACACAUACACACUGUGGGUGACCCAUUCAGAGAAAGGUGCAGGUGACAAAGAAGAUCCUGCAACACCCCUCCACUAUGAAAUGAUGGGAUACAACACACUGCUGGGGUCCCACUAUGACAAAUACUUGGUUGACUACAAGGAGUUCAGCACUCAUGUGGAUCCCAAAGUCUUCUCACUGCCUGAAGGGAUGACCUGUGGGGGAUUUCCUGGGCCGGGAGUGGAGCACCACAUGUUGGCCAAUCCAAUGAAAGAUCUGAUCCACACCUCAGCUUCAGGCCACUCACAGCGCAUGUUCAGCCAUUUCAAGGACAAGUUUCAGCGUCAGUACAGCGAUGAAAGAGAACAUGAGAAGAGGGAGCACGCUUUUGUUCACAACCUCCGGUACGUCCACUCCAAGAACAGAGCAGGACUGCCUUUCUCUCUGGCUCUGAACUCUCUAUCAGAUCGCACCAUGUCAGAGCUGGCCACCAUGAGGGGAAGGAAGCAAGGCAAGACUCCAAACAGAGGACUCCCCUUCCCCUCCAAGGUUUAUGAAGGGGUGCAAGUACCUGAUUCAAUCGACUGGAGGCUUUAUGGUGCUGUGACCCCAGUGAAGGACCAGGCCAUAUGUGGCUCUUGCUGGAGCUUUGCCACCACUGGAGCAGUAGAGGGCGCUCUCUUCCUAAAGACGGGCUCCCUGCAGGUCCUGUCUCAGCAGAUGUUGGUGGACUGUUCCUGGGGUUUCGGCAAUAACGGCUGUGAUGGAGGGGAGGAGUGGAGAGCAUACGAGUGGAUCAUGAAACAUGGGGGCAUCGCCACAACAGAAACUUAUGGAGCUUAUAUGGGAAUGAAUGGGUUUUGCCAUGUGAAUGCAUCCGAGCUCACUGCACGUAUCCAGAGCUACACCAACGUCACAUCAGGAGAUGCAGAGGCCCUUAAGUUGGCUCUGUAUAAAAACGGGCCGGUGGCUGUUAGUAUCGAUGCGUCACAUCGAUCAUUUGUUUUCUACAGCCAUGGUGUCUACUAUGAACCUGCAUGUGGUAAUACCACUGAUGAUUUGGACCAUGCUGUGCUCGCAGUGGGUUAUGGGACCCUGAACGGGGAGCCGUACUGGUUAAUAAAAAACUCAUGGUCCACCUACUGGGGCAAUGACGGCUACAUCCUCAUGUCUAUGAAGGAUAACAACUGUGGUGUCACCACUGAUGCUACAUAUGUCACACUUGCAUAGAUGUGCUUUUGUCCUCUCUAUAUGAAUCUCUGUGUUAAAGCCACUACAGUAUGUGAGUGCCUAUGGAUGAAUGAAAAAUGCUGAUGUAAUUCUUGCAUCAUAUUGAGCCGCUUGAUAAUAAUGUGUUAAAUGUUGGUGACUGAGUAAAUUAAGAUGCUACACAACAGCACACAUCUGCUUUUUCAAAUAUGGUUUUAACAGUUUUAUUGCAGACAGCACACAGUGCCUUCAUUUCAGUUGUACAAAUUUUGUGGCACAUUUCCAUUUGUUGAUAAUGUUUUGUAUUUUGCUGCAUUGUUGCAAAUGCACUGGGCUGGAAUCAAUGCAAUAAAAAAAAUUUAAAAUUGUUCA